AUGAAAAAACUGUUGAAGGUUGACGGCGUGAGAGAUGAAAACGAUGUUUCCUCGUUACGACGGUUGUGUGACAGGGUCGAAACAAAUUACAGGGGUUUGGAAGCACUCGGAGUCGACAAAGAAUCGUAUUCGUCCAUUGUUGUGCCAUCGGUCCUCGACAAGUUACCGGAAUCUGUGCGACUAUUAAUUACACGGGGAAAAAAUUAUCAUGAGUGGACUCUAGACGAUUUACUGACACCACUAAAAGAGGAAAUUUCGUUGCGCGAGGAGCAUCAUCACAAGGAUGCAGAGCGUGGUAAAGACGGGCGUGAAAGGGGAGACAGACGUUGGAAUUGUGGAACAACAACGACGCAAGCGUUUUUGACGAAAGGGGGAAUGGCGAAUUGUGCGUUUUGCCUUGGUCAGCAACGCCAUGAAGAUUGCAAGAAAGUAAAGACUCUGGAGAACCGUAAGCAAAUAAUUAGAAAAUAUUCUCGUUGUUUCAAAUGCUUAAAUAAGGGACACAUAGCGAGAAACUGUAGUAUAAGAGUAAAAUGUAGUGCAUGCAAAAAAGAACAUCAUACAGCCUUGUGUGAUGCGGAGAAUAACCCAGAGGGCCUGGAGGUAGAAGGGGAGGAAGGGAAUUUAAGUCCUACCAAUGGCACGGGUACUAUAGCUACUCUAGUUGUUAGUCCAAAAAAUAAGGUUAAGUCGGGAUGUAGUGUGGCGUUGCAGACGGCUCAAGCAAUGUUGGUUGGGCAGAAAACUGCGCGAGUGAGAGUGUUGUUUGACUCAGGGAGUCAAAGGUCCUUUGUCACUACAAAACGGGCUAGAGAAUUGGGUUGUAAGAUGUUGCGGAGAGAAUCGUUGAGUGUUGGGACGUUUGGGCAGAGAGCUUUGAAGUCGGAGGUGCGAGAGGUUGUUCAGUUGGAUUUGAAGUCUGUUCGAGGUGAUGAGGUUGUGUCGGUUGAGGCCUAUGUUGUGCCAGAGAUUUCUUUCAUUAGAAAUCAGCAUUUGGAGCGGGUACGGGAUAGUUACCUGCAUUUGAAGGGUCUUUGGUUGGCAGAUGUAUGUAUGUCUAAUGUAGAGUUGGAAAUCGAUGUUUUGGUUGGUGCUGAUUAUUUGUGGAUGUUUCACGGGGAUCGUAUUGUGCGUGGUAAGGCUGAUGAGCCUGUGGCGAUCGAGACUUUGUUGGGCUGGGUGUUGUCGGGACCAGUUGGAUUGGCAAGUCGAGAUGCGGAUGAUAGUGCGGUUGUGAGUAUUGUAAGUUGUGAGCCAGCCGUAGAUGUAGGUAGGUUUUGGGAGUUAGAGAGCAUUGGGAUUAAGGCAGAUGUAGACGUGCAUGAGUCAGUUAUCAGCGAUUUAAAGUUUAAUGGGCAGCGUUAUUCAGUAGGUCUACCUUGGAGGGAGAAUCACGAUCCGUUGCCGUCGAAUUAUGAGGUGAGUAUCAAACGCAUGAAAGGCCAGAUUAGGCGUCUCACUAAGGAUCCUGAGUUACUGUCUGAGUAUGAUGCAAUAAUUAAGAAUCAAGAACAGGUAGGUAUCAUUGAAAGAGUAAGCAAGGAUGAAAUAGGUCCGGAUUCUAAGGUACAUUAUAUUCCCCACCAAGCCGUGGUUCGUAGAGAUGCUAAAACUACAAAAGUUAGGAUAGUGUAUGACGCGUCGGCGAAAGCGCAAAAGUCUAGUGUUUCCUUAAAUGAUUGUCUGCAUGCUGGACCGUCUCUUAACCCGCUUUUGUUCGAUAUUCUUGUCCGUUUCCGAGAGCAAAGUGUAGCGCUAGUUGCGGAUAUAGAAAAAGCGUUUUUAAAUAUUGAAGUGCAUGAAAAAGAUAGGGACAGACAGUCUUAG